AAAAAGAGUCUUUUUUGUUCACGUUGUUUCAUAGCUAAGAUACAUUUCAGCGAACGAUUUUUUUUAAACAUUUCUUUUUUUUUUCUGUAAUUUGUUUGUGGAAGUUUAUGGGCUCUUUCUGCUAUGCCAUGAUCGGCCUCCGUAGAAUUUCUAGCCGGUUACGUGAAGGGUUGCUUGCAGCCGUAAAAAUAGCGUCCAGCCGAAAAUCAGGCUGGCCGAAAAUCCGGCCCGAAUUUCGUGCCAAUUUCAGCCUGCUGUACGCACCAGAGCAGUACACGACUUGCACGAGCGGCGUUUGGCCGCUUUUUCCUCAUAAAAAUCUUGUCAGGUUCACGUCUUUGUGUGCGGCAAACUACUCUGUUUAAUCUAUUCAGUUUGAAGUUUCUAUUGUUGGCACUUGACAUUUGAUUUGAUUUAGGCCUAUUUGUUUUUCCCAGUUGAAUGUCCGGUUCUGCAAAUGCAAAUCGUCUGACUCUGAGAGUGAGGCUCCUGGCGGUACAAAACUUACAUUUGUAGAAAGUUCAAUCCGUGAAUCUGCUGAGGGCAUCCUAAAUGAUGAUGCAGUCGACUGAAGACCCAUCGUCCUCAGAUUCUGAGGAAGAUGUUGAUCAAGAAAGUGAAACAGAAGAAGAUACAGUGGAUCUCAUGAGGAAAGAACUCUCAGAGGUUCCCUUUGAAGAUCUUCAGAAGUUACAGCAAAGAGUUGGGUCCAAAGUUUAUGACAAAGCUUUGUUUGGUGGUAGAAGAGGAGAGACUAACAAACCCACAGAACAAGACUCAAGAAAAAAGAAAUUCAAACGGGCCAACAAAAAUAGACCUCAAGAAAUUUCCUCUAAGAUCCCAGUAUCAAGAGUCAGAAAUGUUGUUCCUGUGAAGCAGAAGGUGAGCAGGGAUCCUCGUUUUGAUGACCUUUCAGGAAAGUUCAAUGAGCAGGCUUUUGAUUCCAACUAUGCAUUCCUUGGUGGUGUGUACAGUCGAGAGAAAAAGGAAGUGAAAAGAAAGCUUAAGCAGGCUAAAACUGAGCAAAAGAAGGAGGAACUACUGAGAUUACUUCAAAGAAUGGAGGAACAGGAAAAAGCGAGGAUUAAAAAACAGAGAGAGAAGGAGAUCAGUAAGGAGCUCAAAAGGCAAGAGAAGGAGUUGGUGAAGCAGGGCAAGAAACCAUACUUUGUCAAGAAGUCUGAAAGAAAGAAAAUGGAGCUAGCAAAUCGCUACAUGGAACUAAAAAAAGGUGGGAAAGUGGCCAAGUACCUGGCCAGGAAACGGAGGAAGAAUGCGGCAAAGGACAGACGACAUCUCCUCGAGGCCCACUCCAAGCAAAGAUGACAACGAACAUUUUUUCUUCAUUUGCAAAGUGAACUUUAACGGGCAAAGUUCCUGUUUGGUUUACCACUCUGAGACACUGCAGUGAGAUCAUUUGACUGUCAUCCAGACUCGAACCAUGCUGAGCCAGAUGAUUACGUGUUUUCGGACGUUUGCAAGAAAAUGCAUGACGGCAGUAGGUUCACAUCAUGUAGUCAUUCGCCAUCAGGUCACUCACCAUCAGGAUCCAAGCUUUCUGUCAUGAACCUGCUUCAAGUGACUCAUCUUUUCGUAUCACUCCGCCUUGACUGUACCCGCAGUUGGCAUGUGUUUCAUGUUGUGUGUGUUUCCUGUAGAAAUCUUGUGUUCAAGGCCAGUCAAAUACGGUAACUGUCUUCAUGCAUGAUUACUGAAGACACAAACACGUACAUGGUUUUGCUGUAGCUCAUAGGCUGUUACAGCAACAUGCCUGUACAGCCACAAGUCAUGACACAAGUACGAUGGCAAAUUUGUGUGAGAGAUCUUCAAAGAUUGCAUAUUAGUUGUGGUUGUGUGGAGCAUUUCAAAUGGAUAAAUCUUUUGACGUAAACUUUCUGAUAUGCUGCAUGCUCCUAAGUGUUCAUGUCCGUGGCGAUUCUUCAUGGGAAAUUAAACAUGACAUAUCUUGUCCAAGUCUGUAAUGAAUUCAA